UAUUACGACACCUGAAAAAAAAUAGAAUCCUAUACUUUUUUUUUCUUUCCAAUAUCCAUUUUUGUUUCAGUUUCAUAUUUCCUUUUCCUCCGUAAAAUUUCCAAAAAAAAAAGAAAAAAAAAAAGAACCCAUGAAUCAUAUAUUUAGGGUUUCUUGAACUUUGCUUUUUUGCUUUGUUUGUUUAGUAAGAAAAAUUUACUUUCCUGGGAAAAUAAAAAAACAAAAUAUGGGUAGAGGUAGGGUUCAACUAAGACGGAUCGAGAACAAUAUUAGCAGACAAGUAACAUUCUCAAAGAGACGAAGUGGUUUAUUAAAGAAAGCCAAUGAGAUCUCAGUUUUAUGCGAUGCUGAUGUUGCUUUGAUUGUUUUCUCUAACAAAGGAAAGCUCUUUGAGUUCUCUUCUGAUCCCAGCAUGGAGAGGAUCCUAGAACGAUACGAACGACAAAUAUAUGCCCCAACUGGUUCUGAAUCACAGGCAAAUUGGUCUUUGGAAUCUUCCAAACUCAUGUCAACUAUUGAAGUCUUGCAAAGGAACUUGAGGAACUUUCGUGGAGAAGAGCUUGAACCCUUGAGUUUAAGGGACCUGCAACUUUUGGAACAACAAAUUGGUAAUUCUCUGAAGCGAAUACGAACUAGAAAGAACAAACUCAUGAAUGAAUCCAUUUCAGUGCUGCAGAAGAGAGAAAAGACAUUGCAAGACCAGAACAACAUGCUAGCUAAAAAGCUUAAAGAAAAACAGCAGACACCGACAGAACAUGCACAACAUGAAGUGCAACAAAAACUUGUCCAAAACUCACCACCAUCAACAUCCAUACAACCACCAACACCACCACCGGCUGCAACACGGUUUCCUUGUUUGACUAUUGGAGGGAGUUACGAAGCCAUGAAAGGGACAAACAAGGAAGCUGAGCUCAAUCUCAACCUAGUACCAAAUCAGUGAUAUUAUAACAGCUGUUCAAAUCGAGUAGUACGAAACCAUGUUUUCAUAUAUAGUGAGAAUUUCAUAACAUAACAUCCUCAGAGAAGUUCAAAUGUAUCAGACAAACUAUAUACAAGUUGUUCAUUUGAAAACUCAA